AUGGGGCGCUGGGUGCUGCUGCCCGGCUGGUUUUCUGCUACACUGCUGCUGGCGAUGACCUCUCUGCCCGCAGCCCUGGCCGCCAACAGCAGUGGCCGAUGGUGGGGCAUCGUGAACGUGGCCUCCUCCACGAACCUGCUGACGGAUUCCAAGAGUCUGCAGCUGGUGCUGGAGCCCAGUCUGCAACUGCUGAGCCGCAAACAGCGGCGGUUGAUUCGCCAGAACCCGGGAAUCCUGCACAGCGUGAGCGGGGGGCUGCAGAGCGCCGUGCGCGAGUGCAAGUGGCAGUUCCGGAACCGCCGCUGGAACUGUCCCACGGCUCCCGGGCCCCACCUCUUCGGCAAGAUCGUCAACAGAGGCUGCCGAGAAACAGCGUUUAUCUUCGCCAUCACUUCAGCCGGGGUCACCCAUUCAGUGGCGCGGUCCUGCUCCGAGGGCUCCAUCGAAUCCUGCACGUGUGACUACCGGCGGCGCGGCCCUGGGGGCCCUGAUUGGCACUGGGGGGGCUGCAGCGAUAACAUCGACUUCGGCCGCCUCUUUGGCCGAGAGUUCGUGGACUCCGGGGAGAAGGGGCGGGACCUGCGCUUCCUUAUGAACCUUCACAAUAACGAGGCGGGCCGCACGACCGUGUUCUCCGAGAUGCGUCAGGAGUGCAAGUGCCACGGGAUGUCCGGCUCUUGCACGGUGCGCACGUGCUGGAUGCGGCUGCCCACGCUGCGUGCGGUGGGCGACGUUCUGCGCGACCGCUUCGAUGGCGCCUCGCGCGUCCUCUAUGGUAACCGCGGCAGCAACCGUGCCUCGCGGGCGGAACUGCUGCGCCUCGAGCCCGAGGACCCUGCGCACAAGCCGCCCUCUCCCCACGACCUCGUCUACUUCGAGAAAUCUCCCAACUUCUGCACGUACAGCGGACGCCUGGGUACUGCUGGCACCGCGGGGCGUGCCUGCAACAGCUCGUCGCCCGCCCUGGACGGCUGCGAGCUGCUCUGCUGUGGCCGGGGCCACCGCACGCGCACGCAGCGCGUCACCGAGCGCUGCAACUGCACCUUCCACUGGUGCUGCCACGUCAGCUGCCGCAACUGCACGCACACGCGCGUACUGCACGAGUGUCUAUGA